AUGCCCCCCCAGCCUGCCCCCCUCCCCCACCUCCUCCUGCUCCUGCUGCUCCCCCGCUGCACCUCCUCCGUCCCCCUCUCCUCCUCUGUGGCGGAGCCUGGUGGUAGAACGGUGUACCGCGCCUCGGACACCUACUUCACUCACCUCACCGUCCACUCCAGAACCGGUGAAGUCUACGUCGGCGCUGUCAACCGGGUCCUCAAGCUCUCCACCAAUCUGACGCUGCAGAGGAGUCACAUGACCGGCCCCGUGGAGGACAACAACAAGUGCUACCCUCCCCCCAGCGUCAGAGCGUGUGCACACAGGUUGGACUGGUCUGAUAAUGUGAACAAGCUGUUGCUGGUGGACUACAGCGGGGACCGGCUGGUGGCGUGCGGCUCCAUAUGGCAGGGCGUGUGCCAGUUCCUUCGCUUGGACGAUCUUUUCAAACUCGGAGAACCACACCACCGUAAAGAACACUACCUCUCCGGGGCUCGCGAGGCCGACGGGAUGGCAGGUACAGACACCAACUGA